GCGAGCAUGUCUUUUCGAGGCGGAGGCCGUGGAGGCUUUAAUCGAGGUGGUGGAGGUGGCGGCUUCAAUCGUGGCGGCGGCGGCAGCAACAACCAUUUCCGAGGUGGAGGCGGCGGCAAUUUCCGAGGCGGCGGCGGCGGUAGAGGCGGAUUUGGACGAGGGGGUGGCCGUGGAGGUUUUAACAAAUUCCAAGACCAAGGACCUCCAGAACGUGUGGUUUUGUUAGGAGAGUUCAUGCAUCCCUGUGAAGAUGACAUCAUUUGUAAAUGUGUCACAGAUGAAAACAAGGUGCCUUACUUCAAUGCUCCUGUGUAUUUAGAAAACAAAGAACAAAUUGGAAAAGUGGAUGAAAUAUUUGGACAACUUAGAGAUUUUUAUUUUUCAGUUAAAUUGUCAGAAAACAUGAAGGCUUCUUCCUUUAAAAAACUGCAGAAGUUUUAUAUAGACCCAUAUAAGCUGCUUCCACUGCAGAGGUUUUUACCUCGACCUCCAGGUGAGAAAGGACCUCCAAGAGGUGGUGGCAGGGGAGGUCGAGGAGGAGGAGGAGGAAGAGGAGGUGGAAGAGGAGGAGGUGGCAGAGGUGGAGGUAGAGGUGGUGGAUUUAGAGGUGGAAGAGGAGGAGGUGGAGGCUUCCGAGGAGGAAGAGGGGGUGGUGGUUUUAGAGCUGUGUUUAUUAAACCUAGCCUAUAA